AUGCGGUGGCUCCUUUUUCCCACCAUCUUCUUCAUCCCUUGUACGCAACAGUUUUUCCACAGCCCCUUGGUGAAGCCUGGAGAAAAACCUUCAGAAACUACUGAAGUCCAUCAGCGCAAGGAGCUUUGCCACUGGCCAUGCAGGUGCCCACCUGUGCCAACCUGCACCCCCGGGGUAAGCUUGGUGAAGGAUGGCUGUGGCUGCUGUAAGGUCUGUGCCAAGCAGUCAGGAGAGACCUGCAAUGAAGCAGCCAUCUGUGAUCCCCACAAAGGCCUCUACUGUGACUACUCAGAAGAUGAGCCUAGGUAUGAAACAGGAGUGUGUGCAUAUCUGAUAGCUGUAGGAUGUGAGCUCAGUGGAAUUUAUUAUCCUAAUGGACAGACCUUCCAACCAAACCCACUGUAUAAGUGCCUCUGUGUCAGCGGUGCCAUUGGAUGUACACCCACAUUCAUACCAAAAGGAGCAGCAAGUCCCUGCACCAGGGCUGUGGGCAGAAAGAAGCCUGGACAAUCCAUCUGUAGGCCUGGACAGCACAAGCAGCUUCAAUCAACAAACUACAGGCUGAUGUCAGCUUACAAAAGCUUACCACUAGUUUUGAAGAAAAAGUGCCUCGUGCAGGCAACCCGCUGGACCCCCUGUUCCAGGACCUGUGGCAUAGGCAUAUCCAGCAGAGUCACCAAUGACAACAGGAAGUGUGAAAUGAAGAAAGAAAAGAGAUUAUGCUUCAUCCAGCCUUGUCUGACCAAUAUACUGAAGACCAUAAAGAUUCCAAAAGGAAAAACAUGUCAACCGACUUUCCAGUUUCCUACGGCAGAAAAACUGAUUUUUUCUGGAUGCUCAACUACACAAAGCUACAAACUAACUUUCUGCGGGGUGUGCUUGGACAAGAGGUGUUGCAUCCCUAAUAAGUCCAAAAUGAUCACUGUACAGUUUGAGUGCCCCAAUGAGGGCUUCUUUAAGUGGAAGAUGAUGUGGAUAACAUCUUGUGUAUGUCAGAGGAUUUGCAGUGCUCCAGGAGAUCUGUUUUCGGAACUCAAAAUUUUAUGA